CCUCGAUCAGGAUGCGGGGAAAGGGGUACAUUCUCGGCUGGAGACUGGAGGCUGUGGGAGCGUUCAUUGAGAAAAGCAUCAUCUGCCAUUCCCUGAGAGCGUUGCCUUCCUCAACGGGUGUUGCUGCGCAUCGAAUGUGAACCCCUUCAUGAGUACUGCGCAUCCCCGAGUGCUACACCACAUAUAAGUCUCCGCCCGUGUGGCCUCGUUCGUUAGCAGCUGCUCUCUUCAGCUUCAUCGACUAACAAGACAUGUCUGAUUCCAAAUACCGAGCCUCGACGCCCAGUGAUUCAGGUUCUCGUGGGAAUGUCGUGGAUCAUACAUCCCCGCACGUCCUUUUGACUCAUUCCACCACUGCCUCGUGUGUUCUAAUAGUCUUGGCUUUAACGUGCUACUACUUAUUACAAUUGCCUGGUUUAUCUCUUGAACCAACUUGUUGACUGACAACAUGGCUUCCUCAGUGACCGAUGACCGUCCUACCACUCAGGGUCCCAGUGUAAUCAAGAGAUCCAAUGGUGACACUACUCACGUCAUCAAGGUCCAACCAUUGAAGCGUAGCGAGAUGCAGCCUUCAUAUGCACAAGAUUUAGGCACUGGCGAAGUCACCCAUGGAGUCUAUGGUUCCCUGCUCCAAGUAUUAGGAAGUUGUGUGGGAUUCUUAGGUGCAGUCCCUUGCUGCCCAUGCCCCAACCCCUUCAGGAACGUCCAACAAGGCUCCGUCGGACUCGUCUCCCGUUUCGGUCAGUUCUACAAGAGCGUUGACCCAGGCUUGGUCCAAGUCAAUGUCUGCACCGAGAGUCUGAGGGUAGUGGAUGUCAAAAUCCAGAUCAGCCCUAUCGGGAGGCAGAAAGUUAUCACCAGGGAUAACGUCGACGUCGAUAUUGACUCCGUCAUCUACUUCCAGAUCACGAACCCCUACCGUGCCGCCUUCGGUAUCUCCGACCUUCGCCAAGCUCUCAUCGAACGAGCCCAAACCACACUUCGUCACGUCGUCGGUGCACGUGCCGUCCAAAGCGUCGUCACAGAGCGCGAAGCCAUCGCGUUCGAAAUCGCCGAAAUUGUCGGCGACGUCGCAGACAAAUGGGGCGUCGCCAUCGAAGGUAUCCUCAUCAAAGACAUCAUCUUCUCCCCCGAAGUCUCCGCUUCCCUCUCCUCAGCCGCCCAACAAAAGCGAAUCGGUGAAUCCAAGGUCAUCGCCGCUAGAGCAGAAGUCGAUGCUGCUAGAUUGAUGAGACAGGCUGCGGAUAUCUUGGCUAGUCCGGCUGCGAUGCAGAUUAGGCAGUUGGAGGCUUUGCAGACUAUGGCUAAGACUGCUAACUCGAAAGUCGUUUUCGUGCCGAUGCAGUUGCAGAGUGAUGUCGUGAGUCAGAUGGCUGCUGCCCCUAGUGGGUACCAGGGUGAAGCUUCAGGAUCGGGGCUGAGGGAGGAGACGGGGGAAGGGUUGGGCGCUGCUGGGAGAGCGGGUUUGUUGAAUAGCAUCUCUGAUGUUUAAGACCUGUUCUUCCCCAUCUCGCCUCGUUCGCCUUUCCUUUCCUAUCUUUGUAUCCGCUUUGAAUUCUCUCUCGCGUCACCCAUGCCUACCACCUUGUUACGAUACCCUUUUCUUACGCUACGAUUGUGUCUCGUAAUGUCCCAUUAUCCUCCCUGUUGUAGUUAUUAUUCUUGUCCUCUUUACGGACUGCUCGAUUUUGUUCGUUGUACUUGCUGGAGUUCUCCCUUGGAUGGAUGGAUGGAUUACCUUGUAACCUUGUGCGUGUACAUUAGCUUUCCAGUCCCAGCUUUUGUACCUCAUGCACGUCAACUUGAAUUCCUGUUCGUAAAACAACCCAUCGAGUGCAAGUAAUAACCUAUGUUAUACGUA